UCCGGAAUCAGUCCAGAUCAGCGGAAGCUGCCCGGGGCCUCGGACAUCGAAUGGCGCAGGCGUUCUACCCAUAGGUGGCAGAAUUGGAAGAUCAUCGAAGCUGAGAAUUCACCCUUUAUAUCACUUAUCCAUGCGCUCUGAGCCCAUCUCGAACCGAAAGUUGGCGUCUGCCAUUCGAUAUUGCAUAGAGAGAUCCAGGGCCAAAUCCCUCGGAGAGGCUCCGUCUAGCUAUCUGCCGGACCAGAAAACGGCAGCGCACCCAUUCCCUACCGAGCAAACAGUAGAAGCAUGGAAAACACCUGCUGCUUCUGGCGAUACAAGGAUACUCAGCCCCUGCCAUGGCCCAGAGGCACUACACGGGCCUGCCAUAACCAUCGAACCCUAAGCGCUGCAUUAAGCAGGUGGAGGUUGUGAAUCCCAAGUCCACUGCAUUCAACAGGCCGAUAGACCAUAUCCCAUGCUACCUUGCAAUGUCCUGAUCUUCACAAGCCCAUCCUUCAUUUCAUCUGGCAUCCCUUUGGUAUCCUGCACAAGGAGCGCUCUAUAAGCUCUUAUCAUUUCAGCCCCCUUUUCUUGCUUCUUAGCCUCAAUGUUGUCCUUUGCUGCAAGGGCUGAGAGCCGUGCUCUUUCUGCCGAGAGCCUUGCUGUCUCAAGCUACUCACUCGAGGAACAUUGCUGCAUUUCUAUCAUAUCCCUACGAGUUUUCUUAACUUCCUCCUGAGUGGCUAUUAACUUCUCAAGCAACUCCAUAUCACCUGCAACCUCCUUUGACCUACCUUUGCCAUUACGUUUUGCCUUGACAUUUUUAUUCCAGGUGGGCGUGGGAUAUCUUCGACGUCCUCAGGAGUGGACACAUGCCUUCCCAUCUCCCCUGAUUCUGGGAUCUUUCUUUCCUUCGAUUGCUCGAGCCACUCGUUGUAUGUAGCCCAUUUCGUGUGCUCAUUAAUAGCCCGCCAACAAUCCAUGUGACAUCUUGGUCACAAGGCAACAGCUUUACCACUGCCAAGUCUCCCUUUCGUACAUAGUUCUGAGAUCAUUCAAAAAAUAAAUCAACUUUCAUAGUUCUACUUCAUAUGCAAUCUGACCAGAAAGAAGUAGAAACAAAGCUUACAGCGGUCUGUAUGGAUUGACAAACAAGCAAACCCGAAGCCUGGUAGAAGAAUAAGUUGUAUAAGGGUCUCUCAACUUUUACACUUUAUUCACCAUGCUGUAUGCCAAGCUUUUCUAUAGUCAUAAUAUUAUAUAACAAAAUUAUGCUCUUUUCCAUUCGCUAUUGAGUUUCCUUAUGUGCAUAUCAUAAGUAAUAAAUUUUGUUUUCAACACAAGGAUAGAUUUAUAGAAGUUGAAAUAGCACUAAAGCGAAGAAAGUACUUUUUUUUUGGGAGAAAAAGAAGUACUGCUUUCAUCAAGCUUAUCGGCUAAAAACAGUUGUUCUGCAUAAUGCUCGUGAACUUGUGGAGCUUUUGUUGCUAAAGUUCAGAUUUCUUUCUUACUAUUACUUGGAGCUCCAUGAAAAGUCAGGUUGCCGAUUCUAGAUACGGAUCAAAUCACAAAUUAUUUUGGAUCUUUUCCCUCAGCUACACGUCUCUUGUUGAAACAUUCAAAGGGAAGACAAUAAAAAAUGAGGUGUAUUGUACGCAGCAAGAGCAAGCACAUUUCAGAUCAAUCUCUUGAGACACGAAAUUACGUGCGUGAAAAGUAUGACGAUUAAUUAUUGACUUGUCUGGCCGUCCGGCAAUAGCUCUUCUUACUUUGAUUAACUGCGGCCACACUCGCUCGUUGCAGAGCACUAGAGAUUUGAAGGUAUAUACGAUAAAUGUGAGCACAGAAUUAAAAACAGGGAUAACAUCCACGGGUAGUCCUACAAGCUCUUGUUGCUAUCCAAAUUGGGAAACUGAGAAGAACAAGAACGAAUCGCAGCAGAACUCGGAGGCAGCAACUGCAGCGUUCCAUGGCUGCUUCUUGGUCUGGAGAUCUUGAGUCAAUGAAACGUCCUAUGACACUAAGAACUCUGGUGGUGUCUACAACCCAUGAUCAACCGAUAAGACCCUGCUCUACAGUGCCGCUGACGGCUCUCAGCGAUAGGUUCGUCAAGAAUCUCAACAAUGGCCUGCCAUCCAUCAUCCAAAAAUAAGGCAGUCUUCCUGUCACCGAGAAUCAUGGAUGUUAAGGCAAAGAAGACAUCCCUCUCGAUCUUGACAUGGCACCGGCCUUCGUUCGUCCGCUCCAAUGGGCCUGAAAUUUAUUGUAGCCUACGAUCUAGCAGAAAUGUUAUCUGGUUUAUCGGAGACUUGGGGCCAGCCUACCUUCUAGCUGAGGGACAAGUGAUCGAGACGGAUACGACAAAUAUCUUAAUCAGACAUCUGCAACUAAAGAAGAAAGAGAGUGAGGCCAAAGACGCAGGUUCUAGGACUCCAGGGGAAAGUGGCAAGGGUAAAAGAUGUGCUGCCAGAAGUUUGGGUGUGCAAAAGUCGUCAAAAAAGCCCAACUUGGGCAGUUCUUCCGGAUUGCCUUCCUCUGAUGAAGCAAUAUCUGGCUUUUCACAGCACACACUGCAGUCCUUCACCGUAGAGAGGUUGCGUGCACUUCUCCGACAAAGAGGCCUCACAACCAAGGGGAAAAAGGACGAACUGAUCACUCGCUUAAGAGAGGCGCAGAGUUGAUAUCAAUCUCAAGUUUCUGCCUUGUUUGUGAUUGAUCAAUUGCCUACUGGCACCGUAAAACGUUGCUGAGUUGAAUGAAUUAUUAUCAGGCUUUACUUGUUUACAUUUUGUAGGUGUAUGACUUAAGGUGAUGUAGUGAUUUACUCAGGCUCAGGCUAUCAUGAAUUUGAUGUCUUGUAGCGAACUUUACUAUAUGCUUGUCAGAAUUCUUGUUUCAUCUUGAAUUUUGGAUUAGAAAUGUGGCGGUCCAGUGUAGAAA